AUGAAUGGAAUAACGGCAUCCGGACAGCGUAGUCGGUACCAUUUUCUUCAGGAUAGAGGGGCAGGCAAACAACUUCCCCCCAUCUGCCCUCCCAGAUGGUUCCACCCAGGCCGCAGCAGCAGCCGCCGCCGCCGCUUCCAGAGCGGACCUGAGGCCGUGCAGUCGGCGGCCAGAGGCGUUGCUCCCGCUGUGGCAGAUUCGGACGAGCAAGUGGCUUCUCGUUGCCCUGCCCCGCGCCGCCAGGGACCAUGAGCGACGGCGACAAGAACCCAGCCAGCACGCCCAGCCCGGUCGCCGACGUGCAGGGGGACGGGCGAUGGAUGUCUCUGCACCACCGCUUUAUUGCUGAUAGCAAAGACAAAGAACCAGAGGUUGUCUUCAUUGGUGACUCGCUGGUGCAGCUCCUUCAUCAGUUUGAGAUUUGGAGGGAGCUCUUCUCCCCUCUGCAUGCACUCAACUUCGGCAUCGGAGGCGAUGCCACCCAGCACGUGCUCUGGCGCCUGCAGAACGGCGAGUUACAGCACAUCCGACCAAAGAUUGUGGUGGUCUGGGCAGGCACCAACAACCACGGUCACACAGCCGAGCAGGUGGUUGGGGGCCUAGAAGCUAUUGUGCGUGUCAUCAAUCAGCAGCAACCACAGGCCCGGGUGGUUGUGUUGGGCCUGCUGCCACGGGGCAAGAACCCGAACCCCCUAAGGGAGAAGAAUCGCAAAGUGAACGAGCUGCUGGAGGCCAAGGUGCCGCUCUUGCCCAAUGCCUCCUUUCUGGACGCAGAUCCGGGCUUUGUGCAUUCCGAUGGGACCAUCAGUCACCACGACAUGUACGACUACCUCCACCUGACCCGGAACGGGUACGCGAGGCUCUGCCCCGGGCUGCACCGCCUGUUGCUGUGCCUGCUCGGAGAAUGCCACGCGCAGGCUCCUUGACCGGGAAGGCGGCUCGUGCCCAAGAGGAGCCCGCACUCUGGCUGGCGAACUGCUGGGGGGCCCUGCUUGGCAGCCCGGAUGUUGCCAUCUCCAGUCUUUGGCUAGGGAGGCAGUAGAUGCAGCCCCCCCCAGCUGUGUGUUGCCUUUGUCGGUUCAGUCUUCAGCAUUAAAUACUGGCUUUUCCAUCCCUUUUACAUGGGUGUUAGUUCUUUAGACUGUGAAGUGGUUGUGGGGAAUUGGGCCAGGUUGGAUGGGGUCAAAAAGCAACCCUGGAUAAGAAGCAUGUUGACCUAUUUAUGCAAAAACAAGCUACUGGGCACGGGGCAAGUUGAUGGGGACUUGUCUAAGAUUACUUAAUAAACUUGAUGCAUACAUUUCUAA